CCAUUCUCUCUUUCUUUCUCUCCUAUUCCUUUACACCUCUCUCUCUGUCUCUCUCUUUUCAUUUCUCACACUCCCAAAAUACUUCUCUUCUCUUCCUCUUUUCCUUCUUCAAGCCCUCCUUUCUCUCCCAUGGUUCCACUUUUCUCACCAUGCCUUCUCCGUCCAACUUCUCCCUCUCAAGGUGGAUUGGACUCGGCCAGCUUCAAAACUCCCCCGGUGAGAACUCUGAUCACAGCGGCGACAUCAACGAAGACAACCCAAUUUCCAACACCGUAGAAUGCUACGCUUGCACUCAAGUAGGAGUACCAGUUUUCCACUCCACCAGCUGCGACAAUGCUCACCAGCCUGAAUGGGAAGCCUCAGCAGGCUCUUCCCUUGUUCCCAUUCAGGCCCGAGCCGGCCAGAAGAAGACUCAAGCUGCUGCAUCUCGGCACCCUUCUGGCCCGUUAGGACAUGUGCUUGAUCCAAGGAGCAAGCGCGUGCAGAGAUGGAACCGCGCGUUCCUGCUGGCUCGUGGCAUGGCCUUAGCUAUUGAUCCUCUUUUUUUUUAUGCUUUAUCGAUAGGCAGAGGUGGCUUUCCUUGUUUGUACAUGGAUGGUGGCCUUGCUGCCAUUGUAACCGUCCUUCGCACGUGUGUCGACGCCGUGCAUUUGUUUCAUCUAUGGCUUCAGUUCAGGCUGGCGUACGUGUCAAGGGAGUCACUCGUUGUGGGUUGCGGCAAACUAGUGUGGGACGCACGUGCCAUAGCUUCUCAUUACGUUCGUUCCCUUAAAGGUUUCUGGUUUGAUGCCUUUGUGAUUCUCCCAGUUCCUCAGGCGGUGUUUUGGUUAAUUGUACCCAAACUAAUCAGAGAAGAGCAGAUCAAGCUUAUAAUGACCAUCCUGCUAUUAAUCUUCUUGUUCCAAUUCCUCCCAAAGGUUUACCAUAGCAUUUGCUUGAUGAGAAGGAUGCAGAAGGUCACAGGUUACAUCUUUGGCACCAUUUGGUGGGGGUUCGGCCUUAAUCUCAUAGCCUACUUCAUAGCCUCUCAUGUUGCUGGAGGAUGCUGGUAUGUCCUUGCAAUACAGCGCGUAGCCUCAUGCCUCCGGCAACAGUGUGACAGAAGUGAGAGGUGCAAACUCUCUUUGUCUUGCUCAGAGGAGGUGUGUUACCAAUUUCUAUUUCCAGCUGAAGCAGUAGGAAAUCCUUGCGGUGGUAACUCAACAAAAGUUGUUGGAAAACCAUUAUGUUUAGAUGUUCACGGGCCAUUCAAUUAUGGCAUUUAUCAGUGGGCUCUUCCUGUCGUUUCUAGCAAUUCUGUUGUUGUUAAGAUCCUUUAUCCCAUAUUUUGGGGCUUAAUGACUCUCAGCACCUUCGGAAACGAUCUUGAACCAACAAGUCACUGGUUAGAAGUGAUGUUCAGUAUAUGCAUUGUGCUUGCUGGAUUGUUGCUCUUCACUUUAUUGAUUGGAAACAUCCAGGUUUUCUUGCAUGCUGUCAUGGCAAAGAAGAGAAAAAUGCAGCUGAGAUGUCGUGACAUGGAAUGGUGGAUGAAGCGUAGGCAGUUACCAUCCCGUUUGAGGCAAAGAGUUCGCCACUUUGAACGCCAGAAAUGGGCAACUUUGGGAGGAGAGGAUGAAAUGGAAUUAAUCAAAGACUUGCCUGAAGGUCUCCGGAGGGACAUUAAGCGCUACCUUUGCCUUGACCUCAUCAAAAAGGUUCCUCUGUUCCACAACUUGGAUGACCUUAUUCUUGACAACAUCUGCGAUCGAGUUAAGCCACUUGUCUUCUCUAAAGACGAAAAGAUAAUUAGAGAAGGAGAUCCUGUGCAAAGAAUGGUGUUUAUAGUUCGUGGACGCAUAAACCGUAGCCAAAGCCUUAGCAAAGGCAUGGUAGCCACAAGCAUAAUUGAGCCAGGAGGCUUUUUGGGUGAUGAGCUGCUCUCCUGGUGUCUUCGUCGCCCAUUUAUAGACCGUCUUCCAGCCUCAUCUGCAACAUUUGUUUGUGUAGAGUCAAUUGAAGCAUUUGGUCUUGAUGCAAAUAAUCUCAGAUACAUCACUGAUCACUUCAGGUACAAAUUUGCCAAUGACAGGCUUAAAAGAACAGCGAGAUACUAUUCAUCCAAUUGGCGAACAUGGGCAGCUGUGAAUAUACAACUUGCCUGGCGGCGUUACAGAACCAGGACUAGAGGUCCAAUGAUUUCUGUUACAGAGAAUGGAAACAGCAGUGACCGCCGGUUGCUACAAUAUGCUGCAAUGUUCAUGUCAAUCAGGCCACAUGACCACCUAGAAUAAAAGCAGCUGCUGCAAUGCUUUGGUCAUUCUGUACUCAUCUAAUAAAGCCUCGUUUCUCUCGGCAGAAUAAUCACCAUGGAAAUUCGUGGGACAUUGUACUUUUUGUAUAAUAUGAGAAUUGGAACUUAACUUUUCAGGAAAUAAUAAUAAACCCUUUUGAUAAACUAAACCAUUUCGGUAA